AUGCUAUGCACACAAGGCCUUGCUGAAGCUAUAAGCAGGCUCAAGUCGUCCACAUCGAUAAAAGUGGUUUUGGCUGAAACACCAGCAAGCAUCUGUGCUGCAAAUAUAAUCGCAUCGAUACUGCACAGGGAGAUGAUUCGUUUUGAGAUCUGCUUCGGGCAUGCACCAGACAUUUGUGAGAACACAAACGACCUUUGCAUCGUUAUUGGCUUGAACAACACUGAAUAUGCAAAUUCCCUUCUUCUGAGCAGCAGGACCAAUUCUGCCAUAAGAAGCAGAUUUGAGUGCACAUGCAGUGUGUGUGAGAUGUAUCCAUGCGUCCUGGCAUAUUCACUUGCGAAAGAAGCAAACUGUAUGAGUGAAGAGGCGAUAUGGCCAAUGGCCAUCUGCUUUGAGUUCUACAGGAUAUUUACAAAUACAGGCCUGAUGCAUGAAGAGCAUGCAUGUGAAAAGGAAAAUGAACAAGAGAAUAACAAUCAUGGGCAUAUUCCGAAAAGAAACAAAGAUGGACACGUAACAGACAGCAUCAACAACACACGACAGGAAGCAAUGUGCAAUGGAUGCACGUCUUUGCAUGCAGAUCUUGUUCUUGAGGCCGAAAAAAAAAGAUUGUCCACCGAACUAGAUGGAAUACACUAUGUAAGGAAACCAAUGAUUUCGUUUCUGAACUCCACAAGCCUUUUCUGCGCACUCUUGAACGAUAUUCCGUUUAUUCUUGCAAGCAAAGUCUACCACAAGGACAAAAGGAGCGAGUCUGCCAAGAUCCAUGAGUAUUUGGCAAGAAAGGGGAUAUCGAAUGAAAUUGCACAUGAGAAAUACACAAACCUGAGCUAUGAAAUAAGAAAGCUGAUCAGCAUGAGCUUUCCUGAAAGAAUGUGUUUUAUCAGGAAAAUAGGUCAUAAUACCGAAGUAACAUCCAUUGAGAGUUUUUUUCUUGUUUGCUACCACUUGCUCAAGGGAUCGAAUAUAGAUGCGUUCUUAAGUAUGUCGUGCAUGAAUGGGUUACAAAUGGAAGAGAGCGCUGCACUUUAUCACAGGCUUGUUUCUAUGUAUAGGGAAUGUAUUGCAAAUGCAAAGAGGAUUGGAAGAGUGUUUUUUUUCAGGAUCCGUGUUCCAAGGGUUCUGAGCAGCGUAUCGAUUGGUAUACUUAUUCAUGUAUACGGAUGCUAUUUUGAGAUGUUUGUGGCAAAGAGGCAUAGGGAUGCAAAGGGAAUGGUUGUUAUGAUCGAAGGCUGCAUUGAAGGAAAGGUUGCUGUUUGCACUGAUAUUCAGUCGGUAAUAAAUAAGUGGAAGCAUCUGGAUCGGACUACAGGAUACUUUGUAAUAGACAGAAACGAGCUAUCUAAGCUGGUUGAUACUUUGAAGGCCGAUGCUGUAUAUUGA